GGAGCAAGUCUCGCCUAGAAGAUAGGUCCCUUGCUUCGCCAUGGUCACGGCAAUGGCAAUUGCAACUGCAUACUACAUUACAGAUUUGUCUACUCCGUACAAAUAGUUGAUCAUUGCUCCGCGCGGCACCGCAGCCUCGGGUGGGCGCGCCGCGACUCCACCCCGGCACUCCGGUCGGCCUCUUUUCAACCACUUGACACCCCCCCCCAACGAAGUCAACUUUCUAUCCGCUUCCCUUUCCCCGUUACUUUUGCGCACCCUCAUCCUUCUCUCCCCGUGCCUCCUUUUGCCCACCCCGCUUGUCUCUUUCCCCGGCUACCUUUGGUAGUGUCAAUUCCACAACCUCUCCUCACCAUAUUUUUCAAACCGCAAUGGCUCCCAUCACGGAAGAGAUCAUCCAUGGGCUCAAGGACACCAUCGGAAAGCUUGAGGCUCGCAUUGAGGACCUGGAGGGUCGCCUCACCAGUGAAGUCAAGCCCAAGUCUGUUGCUGAGCACAUGCGCAUCAUUCUGAUGGGACCUCCCGGUGCUGGCAAGGGUACUCAGGCCCCCCGGCUUAAGGAGAAGUACUGCGUCUGCCACUUGGCUACCGGUGACAUGCUGCGGUCUCAGGUUGCCAAGAAGACUGAUCUGGGCAGAGAGGCCAAGAAGAUCAUGGACCAGGGAGGUCUGGUCAGCGACGAGAUCAUGGUCAACAUGAUUAAGAGUGAGCUUGAGAACAACACCGAGUGCAAGAACGGUUUCAUUCUCGAUGGAUUCCCGCGCACUGUUGCGCAGGCCGAGCGCCUGGACGACAUGUUGGCCGAGCGCCAGCAGAAGCUCCAGCAUGCCGUUGAGCUGCAGAUUGACGAUGCUCUGUUGGUUGCUCGUAUCACUGGGCGUCUGGUCCACCCGGCCUCCGGACGCUCUUAUCACAAGAUCUUCAACCCCCCCAAGGAGGAGAUGAAGGAUGAUAUUACCGGCGAGCCUUUGAUCCAGCGUUCCGACGACAACGCCGACACUCUCAAAAAGCGUCUUGGCACAUACCACGCCCAGACGGCUCCUGUGGUUGAUUACUACAAGAAAACCGGUAUCUGGCGUGGCAUCGACGCCAGCCAAGAGCCUGGCCAGGUGUGGAAGUCACUCUUGGGGGUUUUCCAGAAGCCCUAAGCAGUUAGUUGCUGCAAUUCCCACCAAGGAGGGAUCCGAGUCAUUAUCCUCUCCUCUUACCCAUCAUUUUGAUACCUUGCCUUUGCGGGAUGGGAUGAACGGCGAGGGAACGAGACGGAUCAUGCGGGAAUCUGAACCCGAGUCUUCUCCGCCGGUCACGGACCAACAACGUAGAGAAGGCUGCAGCGAUCGAAUGAGGUAAAUGGACAUGAAAAAUUGUAAUGUGUCUUAGGUUUCAUAUAUGAUGAAUACCUUCCGGUAGGGAUUUGUUAUGUACAGUACUACUUAUUUGAAUGGCAGCGUGCUUCGGGAUAGAAAAUGUCAUUGGCCUAGCAUUUGU